AUGACUCUUAAAGGCUUCUACCUUGUUGGGCAAGACAAAGACGUCUACCACCAAGACAUUCCUAUUGGCCAAUGCCAUGACUUUGAGUCCCUACAAAUCGCCAUAGCUGAACAAUACAACAUCAUCCAGCCAACCGGUAUUGCCCUGCAAGAUGCCAAAGGAAACGAUUUGCCAGACCUGGACGCCGUCCUGGACUGCGAGGAACAUCUUGGCAUCACAGUCGACGGCCAGGCUAUCAGAGAUCCUGCUGGUCCUGAAGGCCUUCCUUUCGUAGGUAGCUACUACGAGGUGUUUCCCGACCAUCUGGGAAACCACGCUCGCUUGUUCCAGAAGUAUGGGCCAAUUAUCAAAUACGACUCAAUGGGCAAAAUGAAUUACUUGACCAACGACCCCGCUGUUGCAACAGUAGCUUUUCAAGAGUCGGAGUUUUUCAGCAAACUUAUCACACCAGACCAUCCUCUGGCCGGCAUUAAAGAUAACAGAGCGCUGUUCAUUUGCGACACUGAUACUGAAGCAUGGAGAGUAGCGCACAAGUUCAUCCCACCCUCCAUGGCUCCAAAGGCCAUCAGACAUUAUACGCCCCUGAUGGAAGCUUCCGUCAAGGACUCUUUCAAGGUCUUCGACCAGCUGGACGAACAAGGCGAGGCCUGGAAUGCAUACCAGUACAUGCUGAAGCUGGCGUCCCAGACAGUGUUCAAGUUUGCGCUUGGCUACGAUUCACAUCACUUCGAUACGCCAGACUCACCUCUGAACGAAUUGGUCAUUUUGAUCGCAUACUCACUCUCCCUCAACAAGAAGGUCAUGUCGCGAGGUGCUUGGUAUUCCAAGUUGAGCGUUGUGCCCUUUACGGCCCCCUGGUACCUCCACCAUGUCGGCGCCAAGCUGUGGAAUAUUAUGAACACCGCUAUCGACAAUGCGCCCAAAGGCGAUACCGAAGAUGAUCUGCCUCUGCACUCAGCUGCUCUCGGAGCAAGCUGCGUCGUAGACUACCUCAAGCGUGCCACCGAUGACCAAGGCAACAAGCUACCACGUGACCUUGUCAUUCCGAACAUGCUACCGAUAGCAGGUGCUGGCUUCACAACCACCUCUUCACUGCUCUCAUGGCUCCUCUAUGCGCUGUGCGUAUACCCUGGAAAUCAAGACCGACUGCUGCAGGAACUCGUCGAUGCUGGUGUCAGCGAGAACACCAAAUGGACGCCAGAACUCUCUGACGGCCUGACCUUCCUUGAUAAAUUCGUCAAAGAGACCCAACGCCUACACAACCCAUCCUUCCAACCGGGCCGCACGGUCAAGGUCGACUGUAUUGUGCCAGGCGGCUACAAGCUUGCUGCUGGAUCUGUAGUCAUCUGUGCUCUGCACGCCAUUCACAACAACCCAAACAUCUGGUCAAAUCCAGACCGCUUUGAUCCAGACCGCUGGGGCACUGAAGAAGUAGCCAACCGUCCAAAGAACUCAUACAUGCCUUUCGCAACCGGUCCUCGGAGCUGCAUCGGCUUCAACUUUGCACUCGGCGAAGUCAAGGUAAUCCUGCCAGAACUCGUAUAUCGGUACGAGUUCUUCAAGGAGGGCGAUGAUGCUGUCACAUACGACCCAGAGUUCCAAUUGAUUCGUCCGAUGAACUUUUACGUGCGCGCAAAGAGGCGGACGACGUACCCCAAGCCUAGCCCGGGCGCUGUCAAGAUUGCACAAGAUUAUGUGCCAGGCGAGGCAAAGCCUCCAAUCUAA